AUGCUAAUGCUAACAUUUUUUUCAUUUUUUUUGCAGGUCUGCGGAGAGAAGGAGCGCCGUUACUGCUGCCCGCGGUGCGGAAAGCUGACGUGCAGCCUGCCCUGCUACAAGCGGCACAAGAAAGAGGAGGGGUGCAACGGUAAGCGAGACAAGGUGGCGUUCGUUGGCCUGAAGGACUUCACCGAUGCACACCUCAGAAGCGACUUCAACUUUCUGGAGGAUGCCAUUCGCUGCGUCGACGGGGGGAGACGCGAGCUGGCUCGAAGGCCCGGCGUCUUAGGCAACCCCAGCAAGCAGCAAAGAAACGCCGGCAGGGGGGGGGCACGCGGACGGGGUAGGGGUAGAGGACGCCAGCAGCAGAAGCGCCAAGGCCAUGGUGACGAGGGGGGCCCGCAAGGUGGCGAGGAGGUGGGGGGCGACGGGGGAGCGCUCGGGUUGUUGUCACCCCGGGGUCAGGGGUGGCUAGCUGGGAUCGAGACCGGCGGCGGCUGUGGCGGGGACCAGUCUGUUCGCCGCACGUCGACACUGCUGUGGAAGGUCGAGUGGGUGUUCUGUACGGCUGUGGCGGUGGAGGGUCAGCGCGCGAGCGGUGCCGGGGGGGGGAGGGGGAGGGGCGACGCGGAUGUGACGGUCUCGGACCCAACGGUAUCCGAAGAGGUCUCGCUACUCGAGGCGGUCGCGAAGCAUCUGGAGCCGAGGCCAGGGAAUGCUCCCUUGCGGCACCGUCUCAAGCUCUUCACAAAACCCUGGGGCGAGGCUGCUGCCGCUGCCACUGCCGCUACUGCUAAGACGUCAGGAGUCGCUAGCAAGAUGGUGGUUACCGGACGACAGCAGAAGCAGCAGCUGAGGCUCUUCCUGCAGCGAGUUCCGUGUGCUGCCAAGAGGCCACUCUACUUGGAGCUGGACGGCGGAGAGCCGUUGGGAACCGCGCUCAAGGGCAAGACGGUGAUCGAGCACCCUACGGUGUACGUUACCCUUAAUGGCAAAGAGACUACCGAGAGGUUCCCGACCCUGGUGGCAGACCUGGAGCCCAACGAUGAUAUUGCCGAGGAUCCUUCUCGAGUGAUUGGGGAGCUGGAGAGGGCGAUGGCACCGCCCGUGCCGGCUGCCGCCUGCUUGUCCGUGAAGGAGGGUCUGCCCCCUAUGGACGGUUUGGCCCCGAUGGACGCGACAUCCUCCGAGGGAGACGAAGGUGAUGACAGCAGUAGCAGCAGCAGCAGUAGCAGUUCGGAGAGCGAAAGCGAGAGCAGCAGCUCUAGCUCCAGCGAGGAGGACGACGCCAGCGACGACGACGACGCCAGCGACGACGACAAUGGCGAUGAGGAACGACAACCCCGCCGCCCAUCCUCGAUGAUGCAGUAGCACCUUCGCAGUUUUUUCUUUGGACCAAGUAAACCGGUUGAUCUCAGCAGACAGGGCACGUCUACAAUUCGCUGACCAAGGAAAGAAUGACUACUACUGUACAGAGUCGACCCCG